AUGCAUGGUGGUAGAGUCCGCUCGUUUGCCCAUGUGCGCGGCAACUGGGCAACGUAUAUCUUUGUACCAGUCACUGUCGAUAAGCAUCUUGGCAACCUAGUGAGAAAGCUAGUAAAGGCUGCAAGAGAGUUCACCGGAAGUGACUGGCAGUGUGUAGACGAUUUUCACAUCAGUGUUUCUCGGACAGUGGUAUUGGCUCAUCAUUGCAUUGAGCCUUUCACAGAUUCAAUCAAGACGCAAUUGGAAUUUGUUAAAAGCUUUAUUAUAACGUUUGAAGGUGUAGAGCUGUACACAAAUGAUGAGAAGACACGGUCAUUUCUAGGGUUGAAAGUUGGAUUUGGGCAUAGCGAUCUGUGUAAUAUUAUCGCACACACCGAUGCCGUCAUGCAGGACUUCCAUUUGACGAAAUUCUAUCUGCAACCUUCAUUUCACAUGAGUGUUGGAUGGUGCGUUGGAGACUUGACAGAAAGCGUCGCUGCCGAGACCAUCACAUGCUUUAAUAAACUGAUGCUGGGACAGCAGAGAGAUCAUGGUGACAGCUUCACGAUGCUUGUGUCAGAGUUCAGGUGUAAAACAGGGAAUAGGGUCUACGUGUACCCACUCGAUGACAGCUGA